AUGAACGCAACACACAUUUUAGAAUCACACGAGGCUAAUGAACAGCACCAUGCUACGAAUCGGUCAUACUGGGAGGUAACUUACAACAUCCUCGUCAUUAUGUCAAUUGUAUUCUCGAUGGCCACGUACCUCAUCCUUGACAAAGAUCGUUUCGAAAAGAAUCCUUUACUCAGAUUUGCCAUUAUACUCCUUCCGCUUUCAUGCUCAGCAAUCCAAUAUCUUUUUCUUCUCUACACCAACUGGAAGUCAAAUUACGAGCCUGAGGGCACAUUGCACAAGGCACUCUACUACUUUUUCAACGUUCUCCUCAUCGCAUUUGCUAUUAUCUCCAUUCUUUCGAUUAUUGUACUUCCUAUCAAUGGAUGGGGAAAUGAAAGCGACAUAGCUAUCUACUCGGUGAUCCUUCCUUUUUUCGUUGUAUGGUCUGUUGACUUGGUAUCUACAAUCAAUGACCUCACAAUGGAAACAGUCCAUCUCAUAGACACCCAUUACACCAUGCUUUUUGACCUAAUGAUGAUAAUAACGAUCAUAGUAAAUCCAAAAUACUCAAGUCAAGGGUACAGAUAUAGACAAAGUCCAACGCCCUCCUCAUCUAGAAGUACUUCUUCGCGUACCACAAAGAUGAGGAUAGUUCUCCUUAUCAUCAUGCUCAUCCUUGCUAUAUCUAUGUAUGCGUUUAUAGCAUGGAAAUGUCUGACCUUCCUUAGAAAUAUGCAGGGAAAAAAGUGGUGCAAUUAA